ACCCAUCCUAUUUCAGAUGACUAUGACAUUGACUGGUCCAAACGGCUAGGAACGGGCAUCAGUGGACCUGUAAGGCCUUGCACUCAUAGAGCUAGCCGCGAUGCGUGUGCCCUCAAGUGUUUAACGGACUCUACGCGUGCCAGGCAAGAGGUCAGGCUGCAUCUGCUGUGUAGCUCACACAAGCACAUCGUGGCGGCACGUGAUGUAUUUAUCAAUCGCAUCCAGCUGCCAGGGGAUGCGCAUCCUAGAAAUCGCCUUCUGGUCGUUAUGGACCUAAUGAGCGGCGGUGAACUGUUUGAUCGCAUCAAGGCCAAGCGCUCCUUCACGGAGAGAGAAGCCAGCGAAGUGAUGAAUCAGGUUGUAUCGGCCGUGCGUCACCUGCACAGUCAGAACAUCGCCCAUCGUGACCUCAAGCCAGAGAACCUACUGCUGCGAGACAAGUCAGACAACAUUCACAUCGAACUGACUGACUUUGGGUUUGCCAAGAUUGACAACGGUACCCUGCAGACCCCACAGUUCACGCCCUACUAUGUAGCGCCUCAGGUUCUAGAAGCUCAGCGGCGUCACCAGUCCCGGAAGCGCGGUGGUGAACCCAGUCCGUAUACGUAUGACAAGAGCUGUGACAUCUGGAGUCUGGGCGUGAUCAUGUACAUCAUGCUGUGUGGCUAUCCACCGUUCUACUCCGAGUCGCCAACCAAGUCCAUCACAUCGCGUAUGAAGCAUCGCAUCACCGCAGGCCAGUACGAGUUCCCGACGCGCGAGUGGGAGCACGUUUCGGAUUCUGCCAAGGAGUUGAUUCGCAUGUGUUUGUAUGUGGAUGUUGAGCGGCGGAUCGAUAUUGAGGAGAUGUCCAGGCAUCCGUGGUUGCGAGAUUCUGGGAGCGUACCACAUGUGGAACUCUGCUCGCCCUCAGUUAUGCUGGAAGAUGAGGAGGGCUUGUACAGCGCGCGUGCCGCACACAGUGCUCAGCUCACGGAGAUGAGGAUCGACGCUAACAAGACGACGCUGAAACCCAUCGGCGAAGCCAAGAACCGGCUCAUCAUGAAAAGGGACAGAACGGCUCGUGACGAGAGCCCGCAUCAGGUGAACUUAAGAGCUCUGCGCGAUCUUCUGGCGUACCUGACGAUGCCUCCACCGCAGUCAUCACCAAUCGGCUCCUUCCACUUGUGUGUGGUGGGUAUCAUUCAAAACAUGUUAUCCCAGUCUGAACCACCAGGCAAGAAGUUUGAUGACAUGCUUGGCAAACACGGAUGGAAUGGUAAUGGGUUUGAUAGUCUUCUUGAUUGCGCCGCUCUGUCCCGUGACCUGAUGCACCUGAUUCAAUCAAUGACCGAAAUCAGGGCAUAGUUUCUCUACGAAAGUAAUCUUCACUAAUAAUUAUAAUCCCACUCCCCCAGCGUGAUUUAGAAAGCACAUCAUGAAAUAUCGUCAACAGACGAUUCCUCCAUUGAAUUUUCUUUCAUUCGACAUUUGAAGUUAUUCUUUGCAGACUUUCCGGCCGGACGCACACACGACCGCUUGGCUAAUAUCCGCCAGGAGGCGUUUGACGGCUUUCUCUUUUCUUUGAAUAUCUUCAACAUUUUUUUUAUUGAGCUUGCAGCCUACGUGCCUGCUUGCACGUACCUAAGAAUGUGCAUGCGUCCUGCACACUGGUAUUGGGCUGGUGCUUCUUUAUAGUUUACCGACUGCAAGUUCUCCCCGCGCUUUCCCGACCGUGCAGACAUCCGUCGUCGCCGUGGGGCUGUCUGCCCUAUGGUGCUGCAGAGUUGGAUGUUGACGUAACCUGCACAGUUUUCUGUAAACACGCCCUGAGGUGCUAUUCUGCGGUGUAGGCAUGUUAGGCGUUGUUUGCAGUGUAGACAUAAUAGGCGUUGUUCUGGAGUGUAGUACCGGUGUAUGUUGUAGACGCCGGUAGCCUCGUUUGUUUGAGCCCGUUCGUGUCUAUUUUUACUAGGGGCAUUUGCCCCCCUGCGCCCGUUCUUACAUUAUCGCAUCUAUCUUUCUUUACUCCUAGGUCUGUUUCCACGAUGACUGUGCUGCAUGCUUGCAGGUCUUUGAACAAAGUUUUUAUGAUGAGUUUGAACUGGUUUCUCCCAAUACGUUUCUUUUCAUGCGUUUUGUUAGGAGGUUCUGGCAGGCCAGAAGUUUUUUUUUCUCUUGUUGUUUUUCGAUAGUCCGGUGCCGCGCCUAUCACCAAUGAGUGAUGUUACAUGCGGUGGGUAGCUUGGGUCUUUCGGUUUCCACGUGGCGUGGACAAGGUCCUAGCCGCUAUCUUUUUCAGUCUCUGUUUUUACCUCUCCGCCGUCUUCUUCCUUUUUCUAAGUUGCAUUUCUAUGUCUUGAUCGGAUGUGCCCUUCAAUCGUCACCUUGGCCUGAUAGUAGGCGUUUUGGUUUCGUUUCUUGCAAAUUUGAUCAUGCCUGUGA